AUGUGUGGAAUUUUUGCGUAUCUUAAUUAUCUUAAUGUUAAGGAUAGGAAAACGAUUAUUGAUAUCCUUAUAAGUGGAUUAGCUCGUCUAGAAUACCGUGGUUAUGACUCGGCAGGUUUGGCCGUGGAUGGCGAUAAUGAAACUGAAGUAAUUCUCUUCAAACAAGUUGGAAAGGUUGCCGCCUUGAAAAAAUUAGUGUCGGAGCAAAAUGUUGAUUUUGAAAAAGAGUUUGUUAACCAUUGUGCUAUGUCUCAUACUCGUUGGGCUACUCACGGUCAACCUUCAACGACAAAUUCUCAUCCUCAUCGCUCUGAUCCAAAGAAUGAAUUCACCGUGGUUCACAACGGCAUUAUCACCAAUUAUAAAGAAUUAAAGACACUUCUGGAAAAUAAAGGCUAUCACUUUGAAUCUGAUACUGAUACUGAAGUUGUUGCUAAGUUUGCAAAGUAUUUGUAUGAUACUCGAAAUCCUAAUCAAAACUUAAGUUUCACCGCGCUUGUCAAGGAUGUUGUCAAGAAAUUGGAAGGUGCAUUUGCCUUGAUCUUUAAGAGUACUCAUUAUCCACAUGAAAUGGUAGCCACACGACGCGGUUCUCCUCUCUUGGUUGGUGUUAAAACUGCGAAAAAAUUAAAAGUAGAUUUUGUGGAUGUCGAAUUUGGUGCAGAGGAAAAAAUUCCAGAUACAGGAGGAGGCUUAUUGUCUCCUAAUGAUGCAGUACCAAAACUCAGACAUAGUCAAUCGCGCACUUUUCUUAGCGAAGAUGGACUUCCUCAACCUAUUGAAUAUUUCCUUGCGUCUGAUCCUUCCGCUGUUGUAGAACAUACAAAGCGUGUCCUCUAUCUUGAAGAUGAUGAUAUUGCUCACAUUAGUGAAGGAGAAUUACAUAUUCACCGUUUAAGAAGUGAUGACGGAAGGUCAGCUGUUCGUUCUAUCCAAACCUUGGAGUUAGAACUGGCCAAAAUCAUGAAAGGUUCUUUUGAUCACUUUAUGCAGAAGGAAAUUUUCGAACAACCAGAGUCAGUGGUCAAUACUAUGCGUGGUCGUGUCAACUUUGAUAGUCAUAAAGUUACCCUCGGCGGUCUCAAAGCAUAUCUGGCAACAAUUCGAAGAUGUAGGCGCAUAGUAUUUUGUGCGUGUGGUACAAGUUACCAUUCGUGUAUAGCAACCCGGGCUAUUUUCGAAGAAUUAACGGAGAUUCCUGUUUCUGUUGAGUUAGCUAGUGAUUUCUUGGAUAGAAAGACUCCUAUCUUCAGAGAUGAUGUUUGUGUAUUUGUAUCACAGUCUGGAGAGACAGCAGAUACCAUUCUUGCUUUACGGUAUUGUCUAGAACGGGGUGCUCUUUGCCUCGGUAUAACAAACACUGUUGGUUCAACAAUCUCACGUGAAACACAUUGCGGUGUCCACAUUAAUGCUGGUCCUGAAAUUGGUGUUGCAUCUACUAAGGCAUAUACUUCUCAAUUUAUUGCUUUAGUGAUGAUGGCUAUUCAAUUGAGCGAAGAUCGUACAUCCAUGACACAGAGACGAAAUGAGAUUAUUGAUGAACUUAAGAAGCUACCAGAAUAUAUCAGACAAGUUCUCAGCAUGGAUAAAGAACUACAAGAACUUGCUAGAAAUGAUCUUAAUAAAGAAAAAAGCCUCUUGAUUAUGGGUCGUGGUUUCCAAAAUGCCACUUGUUUAGAGGGGGCUUUAAAGAUAAAGGAAGUUUCAUAUAUGCAUUCUGAAGGUAUUUUGGCUGGGGAAUUGAAACAUGGACCUUUGGCUCUUAUCGAUUCAGAUAUGCCUGUUAUUCUUAUUAUGACUAAGGAUUCUUUAUAUCCGAAAGUGCAGAGCGCUCUUCAACAAGUCACAGCUCGCAAGGGUAAACCAAUUAUUAUCUGCAAUGAGGGCGAUGACGGUAUAGAAGCUCAAUAUGUGAAAAUUCGUAUACCUCAAACUGUAGAUUGUCUACAAGGUAUUCUUACAAUAAUUCCUUUGCAAUUACUGUCAUAUCAUUUGGCUGUAUUGCGUGGAAUUGAUGUCGAUUUCCCUCGGAAUUUGGCUAAAUCU